AAAACAUUCGAGGAGAAAUUUAGUUUUAUCUACAAAGCGUAAAGAUGAAGCAGUCCAGCACCAAACUGUUUGCGUUUUUUCUUCUCAGUGCUUUUGUUGCACUUGUGAGCGCACUGCCUUAUCGACACUUGAUUACAUAUGAUCCCGCUGACCUGGCGCUAGUGCCAAAAGAAACUGUUGUUGCAACCCAAUUACAUGUGGCACCCAAUGCUGAUCGAAUUGGGGCUUAUGAGUAUAAGGAAGUACCGUUAAUAUCGCGUAAACAUGCUAAAGAAAUUGCAUCGGCUGAGGAGGAGAAAUUGGAUGGCGAAAAAGUCAAAGGAAACAUACAAGAAGUGGCGGUGUCGAAUGAGAAGGCAGUAGUAGAGUAUGCUAAUAACCGCGAAUUAAUUAAUAACAUUGAAGAUAUCGAGGAGAAUAAACAAAGUGUUACUGAUAGUGCUGUGCUCAAGCCUCUCGCUGUAGAUAGCGGAAAUCCUAUUUACAUAACCAUACCGAUAUAUGUGAAUUCAUCGCCUGGUCUGCCAGUGACGCUAUCGAUUGGUGGUCAGCAGCUCCCGUAUAAAGCGAAUAGUAUCGGUUUAAAGGGCGCUUUGAAGAGAGAACUUUCUCCAACAUCGCUAUACAAUAAGUUACCAUAGCGAAGAAAUAAAAUGAUUUUAUAUAAUUAAAUAA